UUGCCAUAGCUCCGGCUGGCUUCGCAAGAUGGCGGCGGCGGGGCGGCGCGGGCCCCGGCUGCAGAGCUCCCCGGCUUCCGAGGUCGGCGCGGUUCCGUGAAGCGAGCCCCCAGGCCUCAGGCAUGGGCUUGCCGCCGCCGGCCCCCCUGCUCCUGGGGCUUCUCCUUCUGCAGGGCGUCCUGAGGCCGCUGUGGGGGGACCUGGUCUUCAUCCCAGCUUUCAUCCGCAUGACCGGCCCCGCGGCCAGCGCGUCCCUGGUCGGACGCACGGAGGAUGUGACCGUGUCCCUGGCCCUGCUGCAAGACAAGGAGGGGUUAUUACCGGUUCCUGCUUGUGGAGUGCUGACGAAUGAGACAGGAGAAUGGAGCUUGACUGUGACCCCUAGUGUGGUAAGGUCAGAGAAUGCAUUGGAUGUGACAGUGAGAAUGAAGAGGGGUCUGCAAAGGUGUUUCUCUGAGACAGAUUCCUUCUCAGAGUCCCCGUGUAUUGUCCAGACUCUUCUGGUUUCAGCAUCUCGCAAUUCAUCCUGCUUAGCACAUCUGCUCAUUCGAGUGGAAAUUUAUGCCAACUCUUCUUUGGCCCAUAAUGCAUCAGAGAAUGUGACUGUUAUUCCCAGCCAGGUGUAUCAGCCCCUUGGUCCCUGCCCUUGUAAUCUGACAGCCAACGCCUGUGACGUUCGCUGCUGCUGUGACCAGGAAUGCUCGUCAGAUCUAACAGAGCUGUUCAGAGAGGCCUGUUUCACCGGCGUCUUUGGAGGUGACGUCAAUCCUCAGUUUGACCAGCUGUGCUCUGUGCAGGAGCCCUACCGGACCCCGGGCUGGUUCCCGUUCCUGUGUGUUCAGUCCUCGCUGGCCAACUCACCAUUCCUGGGCUACUUCUAUGACGGCUCUGUUUCCUCUAGGCAGCAUAUUGCCUUUGAAGUACAUCUGCAUACUGAUUACAGAGACUUUUCAGACUUCGGUUACAAACAAGGAGAUCCAGUCAUGACUCUAGACAAGGCAUAUUUGACCAUUCCACAGGUGUCCCUGGCUGGGCAGUGCAUGCAGGAUGCGCCAGUGGCAUUCCUUCAGAAUUUUGAUGUUCUGUGUGCUACUAAUUUGGAAGUAUACCAAGAGCAAGAUGAUAUUAUCAAUGUGAAGAUCAAGAAUGGUGCCGUAGGAGGCAUCGUUCAACCAAAAGUAAUCUAUGAGGAAGCAGCUGACCCAGACAAAUUCAUCACCAGUACAGAAAUACUUUUCAGCAAUGAAUCAACCUCCAGAAACGUGAACGUGGAAGAACAUUAUAUUUUCAGAUGGAAUAAUAAUACAAUCAGCGAAAUAAAUGUCAAAAUUAUUAGGGCAGAAAUUAAUGCCCACCAAAAAGGGAUCAUGACACAGAGAUUUACAGUAAAAUUUUUAAGCUAUAAUAGUGAUAAUGAAGAGGAAUUUUCUGGAAAUCCAGGAUACCAACUUGGCAAGCCUGUUCGAGCUCUAAAUACCAACAAGAUGAAUAAUGUGACAACUUUAUACCUUUGGCAAUCAGCCGGAAGGGGUUUGUGUACAUCAGCAACUUUCAAACCCAUUUUAUUUGGAGAAAAUGCACUAUCUGGAUGUCUUUUAGAAGUUGGGAUCCAUGAAAACUGUACUCGACUCAGGGAGAAUGCUGUUGAACUACUUGAUUCAUUAAUACAAGCAACUCAUGUUGCAAUGAGAGGCAACUCUGAUUACAAUGAUCCUAGUGACGGCUGGCUUGAAAUAAUACGUGUGGAUGCCCCUGAUACAGUAGUAGAUCCGUCUGCUGGUGCGAACGGCAGCUGCAUGGACAUUCCCACCCAACUGCACAUCCGCAUCCUCAUCUCAGAUGCUGGUGCGGUAGAAGGCAUUACUCAGCAGGAGAUACUUGGCGUACAGACAAGGUUUUCCUCAGUGAAUUGGCAGUUCCACUGCGGGCUCACCUGUGAGGAUAAGGCUGACCUUCUCCCUGUCAGUGCUUCUGUCCAGUUUAUUAAGAUACCUGCACAGGUACCCCGCCCACUGUCAAGAUUCCAGAUCAAUUUUACAGAGUAUGACUGCAACAGAAAUGAGGUGUGUUGGCCGCAACUUCUAUAUCCACUGACCCGGUAUUAUCAAGGGGAGCCUUAUUCUCAGUGUGUGGCCAAGGGCUUACUACUGGUAUCCUUCUUCAUACUAGCUGCAUUCCUCAGUAAUCCCUGGACCAGAACAUGUAGAGCUUGAAAUUUAUUACCUGGCUUCUUACAGACACCACAGAUUUUCACUUCAGUGAUUUGUCCUACUCCUGUGUGCCUCUCUAUAAAGUUAUAAUAAAUGCAGUGCUUUAUUUUUGUAGAAUUCUUUUUUUUUUUUUAUCAAGUGCACUGUGACUUUAAUUCACAUAUGUAACUAUUCAGAUGUGCAGGGCAAUGCAGAAGAGACAUUCUCAUUGCUGGACCAGACUGAGCAAAAUGCACAAGAGGGUCAACUGUGUAAAUAAAUGUUAUUAGAAGCUUUACUGUAUCACAAGUAACUGAAGUCACAGGAGUUUUGGUCCACAUGUUAUUCUUACCUUAGAAAGUUAGUAUUUUCUUCAAAUUUUUAUAUAUUUUUGUUGAACUCGUUGGUUAAUUUCCCCUAUUCCAAAGAAAGAAUUAAAAAUUCAUAAAGCCUUCAAAAUGUA